AGUCCAGGCUGGUCUCGAACUCACAGAGAUCCGCCUGCCUCUGCCUCCCGAGUGCUGGGAUUAAAGGCGUGCGCCACCAACGCCCCGCUGUGCCUUUUAUUUUUGAUCAUCAAAGAGACACAUCUCUUGUCAUACCUGUUGCAUCUGGGAGGAUCUGGAAUUAGUAUGGGACAUUUGUUUUCCCACUUAAUGUUUAGGGUUACACUCAACUGGCCAGAUUGGGAUGUUACCAUAGACUGUAAUUUUGGAUGUCAAAACGACAUUUUCCCAGGAAGAGGGAACUGUUACCUAUAAGAUCUAUAUCCUAUACAAGUUAAGUGCAUGUCACCUUCUCUGAGGGCUUGUGUCUUCUUGCUAAACAGAAACAGAUUUCUCUUUUCAUAGAUGUUUUCUUUACUUGAGUCUGCCAGAUUUUUCCCAGCAUAGAAGUUUCUUUCCCUGUUGACAACCUUCAUCAACAAAUGCCUAGGCCAUGCCAGAUUGAUGAGGUCUAAGGCAUUGUCCCAGCAGUAAAGUAAGAAGUUCCCUAUGUGGUUCAGGAGAGUGAGUCUGUGUGUCCUGUGUUUUAAAGUCCACUUUGGUGUCUUUCAUGUCCCCAUUUUCCCCAGCCCCUACUGCCAUUGCCUUUGGGAAAGUCAGGUCACCUUUUUCAUAGACCAGACGAUGGAGGCCAAACUCUGGAUCUCUCUGUGCCUCCAGCGCCAUCAUAACUAUGUUAAAUUCUUUCUGAUUUGGAGUCAUUGACCCAGUUGGAUGGAGAGCAACUAUUGUAUCUUCAGGAAAUCAAAGAAUAUGCCUGAAAAUACUUGCUAGGUGAGCAGUAUUGGGAAAGGGAAUGAACAUAUGUGGUGUUUAGGAGAGAAGGCUUGGCAGUUCUUUUGGUGUUCUAGGUGAUCAGAUUAACAAGAUGGCCUUUGUGAGCUCUUAAAUUCUGCUAAACUCAGAAGCCAAUCAGCGGGCCUGCUAUGCGGCACAGGCGCCGGCAGGAAGCUCCGUUUCCGGCUUAGGCUCAGGGUCUGGGAAGGGGCUGUCUGUGGGCGUCAUGUCGGGCCGCGAAGGUGGCAAAAAGAAGCCCCUGAAACAGCCCAAGAAGCAGGCCAAAGAGAUGGACGAGGAAGAUAAGGCUUUCAAGCAGAAACAAAAGGAGGAGCAGAAGAAACUGGAGGAGCCGAAAGCCAAGGCCGCGGGGAAGGGGCCCCUGGGCACAGGUGGAAUUAAGAAAUCUGGCAAAAAGUAAGCUGUUCCUCAUACCUGAGAUGAUGGUGACCCUCUUCCCUUCCCAUUUAAACAUCUGGAUUCCCUGCCAGAAUAACGUCUUUGCCACCUACAGCUAGAAUGAAGUGUCAUCCUGGAGCCUGUUAAACAUCUGGAUUCCCUACUAUAACAUCUUUGCCACCUACAGCUAGAAUGAAGUGUUAUCUUGGAGCUUGUUGUACAUUGUAAUAAAUAAACUUUUGUAAAAAAA